AUGAAAGGAAUUUUAUCACUCUUAUUUAUUUCAUUUGUUUUCUCAAAAGAUUUGGUUGUAACACUUAUUGAAGAUGAUGAUAGAAAUGCUGUUAAAUUCAUUAAACUUGAAUUUGAAAAGUGUUAUCGUACUUCUUCUAUAAAUUCUUUUUAUCUUACUCAUGAAGGUAAUUCUGUAACUUGUAAGACAUAUUUAAGUACAGGUGAUUGUUCUGGACUUCUUAGUACUAGUUUUACUGCUGAUCUUAAUGAUCGAAAAAUAAAGAAAUUUCUUUGUUCUAGUUCUGGAGAUAAUGAACAAUGUAGUCUUGAAAUUAAAAGAGCUCCAAGACAUAAUGGGUUCUACAGUUUGUUUUCAGAUGAUUCAACUUGUUCACAUAGAGAUAAUACUACUAGAAUUUAUGUCACUAACAAAAAAUAUAAAUGUGAUACUAUUAAAGGAUAUUAUUGCAAAUAUGAAGAAGAAGAUAAUGUUAUGUAUUUUGAUACAUAUCCUAAUAAUAAUAUGAAAAAAGAUGAAAGAAUUUCUCAUACUAAAUCAUGGAAUUGUGAUGUUUGUGAAAAUGGAAUUAUGUAUCAAUGUGAAGCAGUUUCAAUUGUAAUUGUUUCUGCUCUUUUUAUUCUUGCAAUUUUUUUCUAA